GAUGCCGGCGCCAUGUUGAGACAAUUGAUCUUUUAACUUUUAGUGUGUCGUAUACGUGUGUGCGUCUAUAUACUGAUGAAUUAACAAUAAAUAUGAUAAUUAAUCAUAAAUAAAUAUCUUGAAUAAUCCGUUUGGAUUAUUUAAUUAAAUUCCAAUUAAUAAUCCUUUUAAAUAACCUUGAAAUUGUUUUCUUGAUAAACAUUAAUUUUUUUGGCUGAAUAAUCAGCUUGUGUGGUGUGGUGUUGUGGCAUCGGAACAUCGGGGGGUUUUAGCUUCAAUCUUCUGACAAGAUGAUGUACACGGGUACUACUGCAUCACAGGAUACGCGAUUCAGUGACAAGGAGAAAAAGCUGCUCAAACAAAUGAAGUUCGGGGAUUCUUUAACACAGAAGGUCGACAUGACCAAGGUGAAGCUUGAUACAAUCAAGCCAUGGAUAACUACAAAAAUUACUCAAAUUCUGGGUAUGGAAGACGACGUAGUUGUCGAAUUUGUUUAUAAUCAACUUGAGGAGAAGUUUCCGGAUCCAAGAAAAAUGCAGAUUAAUUUGACGGGUUUUCUCAAUGCUAAAAAUGCACGUUCGUUUAUGGGGGAACUGUGGGACUUAUUAGUUUCAGCGCAAGAAAGUGCCAACGGUAUACCCGAGGCUUUCUUGCAGCAGAAGAAAGAUCAGUUGAAAAAACGAAUGGAAGAACAACAGCAACUACAAGCGUCUCUAGCUGAGAAAGAGAAGGAAAAAGAAAAGGAUGAUGAUAAAAUAAAGAAAGAAGAAAAAGAACGCGGUAGUUCGAAAGAACGUAAAAGAGAUCGCAGUCGUGAUCGCGAUAGAGAUAGGAGCAAGAGAAGUCGCUCAAGGGAUAAGCAUCGUGAUCGUGAUCGUUCAAGUCGCAAACAUAAGUCACAUUCAAAAUCGCCAAGUAAACCGGUAUCUAAAGAUAAUGGUAAAGAUGUUUCAGAUAUAAAAAAUGAAAAAGAAGAUUCUCCUCAACCAGAAAAUGCAAUUCCUGUUAUGCCCAUAAAAACUAAGCCAGAAGCAGCUGUUGCGAUAUCGCGAUUGCAAGCAAAAUUGAUGAGCAUAGCUGAUGGUAAAAAGAAAAAUCGUUCGGUAUCACCUGAGAGUGAAAAAAAAAAAUCACGCUCAAAAUCACCUUCUAUUAAUCGUCAAAAGAAAUCAAAAUCAAAAUCACCAGCACCCGUAGCUGUAACAGCAACAACGACAUCGACAGCUAUAACUACAACGACAUCAACGAAAACUAGCAGCCGUAGAUCUAGAUCACCAGUAUCAAGGUCACGUAGAUCGCGUUCUAAAUCACGAGCACGCAGAUCAAGAUCUAAAUCAAAGUCACGGCGUUCUAAAUCACGCUCUAAUGACCGCUCCAAGUCACGUAGAUCAAAAUCACGCUCGCGUAAUUCACGCAGUAAGUCAAGAUCACGAUCUAAGAAAUCUCGAUCCAAGAGUGUGGAUCGUAGUAAGAGUCGCAAGUCUCGAUCGGAUUCGAGUGACUCCGGGUCGUCUAAAUCACGAUCAAAAUCACCGAGCAAAAGGAAAGAUCACAAAAAACGAAAUGCUAGUUCUAGCAGCAGCUCUGACAGUGGUGACGAUAAACGUGGCAAGGAUAAAAAUGAUUUUGAAAUUCGCAAAAAGAAAGACGGAGUUCAGGCCAAGAGAUCGUAUCGUAAAACAAACAAAGAUGAUAGUGGUAGUGAUAGUGAUUCAAGUCGCGAAAGAAAAUCUGGCAUUAAGAGACGAAGUAUUUCACCGAGGAAAGAUCGAGACAGGUCGAGAGACCGUGACAGAUCACGAGAUCGAUCUCGCGAUCGUAAUCGCAGGCGUUCAAUGGACCGUGAUAGGGAUCGUCGAAGAGAUCAUGACAGAGAUCGUGACCGUAUUGACAGAUAUAGCGGUGGUCGUAACAUGAGGCCUCCAUCUUCACGUCGCGCUGGUGAUUGGCGAAGGAGUCCUCCACGCAGAAGUCCAUUAAGGUAUCGUCGCCGAAGCCCAAGUCUCAACCGACGAAGACGUUCACCAGAUCGUCGUCGCAGGUCAUCGGAGCGCCAUGAUCGUCGUAGAUCACUCGAUCGCCGGAACAGCGGACGUCGAUCACCAGACGUUCGUGAUCGCGCCAUCAGGUAUGAUAGGUCUUCUUCACGUGACAGAUCUAGCAGGUUAGAUCGCUCGAAGGAUCGUCGCGAUAAAGACAAAAGGUCGAGAUCCCGAGAUGCCCGCUCGUCGCUGGACCGUUCGAAGGAUAGCAAGAAGUCUCCUGAUCGUUCUAGAGAUGCCCCUAAGGAGAAACCGAAGGAGAAGAAAGCUGUCGAUGAAAAGCCUAAAGUUGUUAAUGACAAUUCACGGAAAGAAAUUCGUAAUGGACGUUCUAAGUCUAGCAGUUCUGACAGUAGUGACAGUAGUUCUUCUGAUGAUGAACAAGCUAGGAAAUCAGCAGAACAGAAGUUAUCUCAGGAAAAACGUGAACGUGAACAACGAGAACGUGAGCAACGUGAACGUGAACAACGGGAACGUGAGCAGCGUGAACGUGAACAAGCUGAAGAAUUGAAACGACGAGAAAAAGAACGACUUGCUAAAGAGGAAGCAGCUAAACGCCAAGAGAAGGAAAUUCUUAAAAAAUUCGAGCCUAUUCCUGCAGCCGUCCCUCCAACUAUUCAGACCAAAAAAACUGAAGUUAAUGUUUCACCGAAAAAACUUUCGGCCACAUCACUACCUCUAUCCCGACAUAGGUUUUCAAAAAGUUUAUCACGUACACCGUCACCUUUCAAGAAAACUGAAGACAUUAUUGCCGCUGCUGCGGCUGCCGCUAAAAUUAAAGUAGCUCCCAAAGACAAUAAAGAAGAUUCUUUGAAAUCAAUAACCAUGCCACCGACUGAAGUGUUUCAAUUAAAGAAAGACGAUCGGUCAUCAUUCAAAUCAAUCAAGCUCCCUUCAGAAGACAGUAAAAAACCAGCAGUAAAAGCCCCAGAAGUAAUUAAUGCUAAAAAACCCGUUGAAGUAAUUAAAAAAUCUCGUAAAGACAAAGUAGAUCAUUCUUCGGACUCGGACGAUAGUGAUGAAGAUGUAAGAGCUAAACAACGUAAAAAUGAUAAGUCGAGAAAGUCUAGAAAGAGUUCAGCUGAAGAAGAAAAAGUUGAAAAAGCUGACAGUAGUUCUGAAUCUGACGAUGAACGUACAAAACAUUCAGAUCAAUUGAAACGUAUUAAAGAAAUGACGACACGUGCUGAAUUAAUUGACGAGCGUAAUAAAGAACGUAAAAUGGAAAUGAGUAGAAAACGUGAUACAAGUGAGGCUGAUUUAAGAAGAAAAUCGCGGAAAGAUAUUGAGGAAGAAGUUAAGAAAUCUAAACGUCCUAGAAAAGACUCGUCUUCUGAUGACGAUGAACCCAAAUCUAAGAAAUACAGUCGUGAGGAUGAGAAAUCACGGUCAAGAAAGUCGAAAAAAGAUUCUACUAGUUCUGAUGAUGAGCCUAAGAAAUCACGUAAGCGACGUGACAGUUCCUCAGAUGCAGAGAAAUCACGUACUAGAAAAGCCCAAAAGGAUUCAGUCGCAAGUGAUGAUGAACGGCCAGUUAAAGUUAAAAAGCCAAGGAAAGAUUCUAGUUCUGAUGACGAAGAAAUUGAAAAGGAGUCUUCUAAGAAGAAGCGCAAAGGUGAUGACAGUUCUGAUGAUGAAAAGAUUAAAAAGAAACGCAAAAAGAGAGCUAAAACUAGCACCAGUGAAUCAGAGGAAAGUGAAGUAGAAGAAAAGAAACGAAAGAAAGAAAAGAAGCACAAAAAACAUAAGAAGCACAAGAAGCAUCGAAAACACAAGAAAAAGAAGGUUGCUGAUUCUGAUGAAUCAGAUGUGAGUGAAGGUAAUACAGAAGAGCUCGAAAAAAAGCUUCGAGAAAAAGCUCUUAAAUCAAUGAAAAAAGGACACAGUAUCGAACGAAGUGACUGAAUGUUUUAAAAAAAACAUUUUUUUUUUUUUUUUUUUAUGAUUAAUUACAAUAGAAUGAGCAUAUUUUAAAACUAUGUCACUUGACUGAUGUGUGUUAAGUAAGAAUAUUUUCAAUAUUUUAAUUUUAAUUAAUGAUUAUCAUCAGUUUGAUUCGGCUGAGAUCGAACUUAAUCACUCAGUGAAUGAAACUAAUAUCUACUUUAAUCAGUACAUAAUUUAGUGUGUAGUGUAUCUCAAAAAUAAUUAUAAUACUAAAAUUUAAUAAUUAAUGUAAUGGCAAGUAUUUAUAUGGAAUUUAAACGUGGUUAUUUUUUUUGAAUGCUUAAUAUUUGUAAAUUUAAAUGAUAGCGUUAUAAUGAACGCUUUUCAUCAAUUCAUUGACAUAAAUACACAAAUUUAAACAAAA